AUGAAUCGAUUCUCACGCAAUCGCGCGUCUGUGAGCGGGGCUGCUCCUCCAUCACAGGCUGACGCCGCGGACAAUGAAUACCAUCCCCACGUGGUGGAUGUCUUAGAUGUUAUUGACCCGGAGGUUUCAGCACUGUCGACCCUGACAAACGUCCAAAACUCCUUGUUUGUGCCUAAUCUAGGCCCGCUAAUCAAUCGCAACCAGACCUAUGCACUUUCACCACCGAGAGAGUCCUCGGAGUCGACUGGGGAGGAAUCGACAGAAACGGAAGAAGGCGAGGAGACAUUCGAGAAAUCCCCCGACGGCCGUCCGUCACUAGAACGACCUCUAACAAGUCUAUCGGCAGUGUUGGGGAAACAAGAUCCACAAUUUGCCGUGUUACCUGAAGGAAGCAAUCUCGAGGGCUGGACUGCGAGAGACAUAGAAGAAUUGAACGAUCAUGUUAGGCACAUGUUGCAUUCCCGUCGUUCGAAGUUCAAGCGGGCAAUGAAGGGCUUUGGGAAAUAUGUUUCUAAACCACUCGGGUUUCUCAUCACUCUAUACGCAACCCUCAUUACUCUUUUCGGUCUUGCUUGGGUGUUGUUCCUGAUCGGUUGGAUUAAUGUCGGUGGGCAGCAACUGUACAUCAUCAACGUGAUUGACAACGUUCUUGUCGCUUUGUUCGCUAUUAUGGGUGACGGGCUAGCACCAUUCCGUGCGAUUGACACAUACCACAUGUGCUUCAUUGCUCACUACACAUUUCGAACAUGGAAAGUCCGUCAAAAGCGUCAACUGCCAGAUCUCAAAGAUAAAAAUGAUCUACCCACUCGUCGCGAGAUCGAUGUCGACGUUGAAUUCGGGGAUAUACCUAAAGAUGAGGAGUAUGAGUUCACCGUGCUGAACCGUCUGCAGCAGCAAAAGCUAGUUCACCAUCAGACCAAAUUGUCCAAGUCUCAUACCUUCUAUAAACCUCACGAAACACUGACGCACCACGCCUUUCCUCUUCGCAUGCUCGUCGCCAUUGUCGUCCUGCUAGACUGCCACUCCAUGCUUCAAAUUGCGCUUGGCGCCUGCACGUGGGGCAUCAGUUAUCACCACCGUCCCUUCGCCCUAACUACUGUCAUUCUCUGUUGUUCAAUUACUUGCAAUAUCACCGGCGGCGUCCUAAUCAUGGUUGGCGACCGAAGGACCCGGAAGAAGGAUGUGGUGGAACGGCUGUUCCGUGAGCAACUCACUAAGGAAGCAAUGAAGAAGGUCAAUAAAAAGAAACAGAAACGGCAACAAAAAAUUGAAGAACAGGACGAACCACGAUUUUCGGUUUCCUCGCGCCCUCAGCCCUAUGAGGGAACAUAG